CAGACAUCUGCCUCCACACCACUGCAGAACAGACCCAUCUCAUUCCUGCUACUUGAGCCUCUACAUCCUACAUCAUCAUGUCUAGCACCAUAGCCGCCUACAAGGAGAAAAUGAAGGAGCUGUCAAUGCUCUCCCUGAUCUGCUCCUGCUUCUAUACUCAACCACAUCCCAAUACAAUCAACAAAUUUGAUGAUAUGGAAGUGAAAUCAAUUAAUAAGCGUGCCUCUGGACAGGCUUUUGAAGUUAUUCUGAAACCACAAUCCUCCGAUCUGUCACCUGAGCAACCCAUCACACCAAAGAAGAAGGACAUCUCUUUGGAGAAACUGCAGAACCAGCUGGAUGCUGCUGAGGAUAGGAGAAAGAUCCAGGAGAUGCAGCUCUUGCAGCAACUGGCAGAGAAGCAACAGCACAGGCGCAUUGUGCUACAUCGGGCAAUCGUGGAUAACUGUAACUUCAUCUCAACCACUGAAAGGAAGUUAAAUCAGAAAAUGGAAGCUUGUAAUGAAAAUCGCAAAGCGCAUAUAGCUGCUCUCAAGGAUCGCCUGCGUGAGAAGGAAAGGCAUGCAGCUGAGGUCCGUAGAAACAAGCUGCUACGAGAGGAACUUUCUGGCUAA